AUGAAGACCCUGUUCCUGGCCGUCAGCCUCAGCCUCAUCGCUGCCCUGCAGUCCCAGGAUGCCCCAGCCUCAGACGAAGAGAGUCAGAAUGUGUCAGGAAAGUGGUAUCUGAAGGCCAUGACAACAGACAAGGAGAUUCCUGGGAAGAAGCUGGAGUCUGUGACUCCCUUGACACUCACGGUCCUGGAGGGGGGCAACCUGGAAGCCUCCAUCACCAUGCUGAUAAAUGGCCAGUGCCAGAAGAUAAAAGCCGUGCUGGAGAAAACUGACGAACAGGGCAAAUACACGGCCAAUGAGGGCAAGCAUGUGGUGCAUGUCAUCAGGUCAUCUGUGAAGGACCACUACAUUCUUUACUGCGAGGGCGAGCAGGAUGAGACGAAUGUCAAGAUGGCAAAGCUCAUGGGUAGGGAUGCUGAGAAUAACCCAGAAGCCCUGGAGGAUUUUAAGAAGUUCAUGGGAGCCAGAGGCCUCAGCCUGGAGCACUUCCUCAUCCCCAAGCAGAGCGAAACUUGCCCUCCAGGGAGCGAUUAG